AUGAGGGCAGCAAUGGCAGAAGAAACAAAGAUGAAGAGAGGCACAGAAGCAAGUUGUUGGUCUGAUCUUCCGAUAGACAUCUUAGCUUCAAUUAUCAAACUUCUAGAGGUUCGGAUUGAUAUUAUUCGAUUCGGCAGCGUUUGCCGAGCAUGGCGGAAUUUAGUUUCCUGCAGCAGGGAGGAUCAGAAUGUUUUCCCUCUUAAAACCCCUUUUAAUAUAAAUAAUUAUGGGUGCAUUAUUUAUUUAUCUAAUGCUUCUUCGAUACCUAGGAAUAGAUUUCUCCAAUUUUAUCCAACCUCUACCUAUCUAGUAAAACCCCUAUAUGAUGAUUCACGAACAGCUUUUUUGGUUAAAGUUGAACAUCAUCUCUCAGGGCCACACAAAGCGCAACUUUUAAAUCUUCACUUGCAAGAAAGUGAUAUUAAUAGUAACGAGGUUAUUGAUUCGAGGAAUUAUCAUGUAUCGGAACUAUGCAAAAUGUAUACAUGCAAAUUCUUUUGCGACGUGAGUUCUUUUGAUUUGAAUUCUGCGGAUGUGACUAAGAUAUUCAAAAAAGUAAUUGUUUAUCCGGAUGAUGUAUGGACUAGGAGAGAAGAUUGUGUGGUGUUUGCUAUGAGUUCAAGUAAUAAGUUGGACUACUGGAAAUUCGGGGAUGAGCAAUGGACGACGAUGCUCACUGUCGAGUUUGGAGAUAUGAUUCUUUAUAAUGGAAAAGUGUAUGUUUUUAAUUGCAUGACCGGUCAUCUUUGGAUCAUUGAAAUCUCUUCUACCAAAGUUAUUUGGCCAAAGAAAGUUACCCAAAUUGCGUUGCAUCAACAUCCUCGAUUUCGAUGUGAUUUGCUGAAGUCGUGUGGAGAUCUUUAUUUAGUCGAACCAUUUUAUCUUAAAGAAGGCAUUGCUAGAUAUCUUCGAGUUUAUAAGCUGAAUGAGACACAAUUUCGGAAAUGGGAGAUGGUGGUGUGUAUAGGUGGAGAUAGGGUUUUCAUCCUUGGUUCUCAAGAUACUUCUCCAUUCUCCAUUUCAACUAAAAAUUUCGUGAGAGGUAAAGGAAAUAGGAUAUAUUAUAGGGAUAAUUUUGGUGUAUGUCUUCGUAACUAUAUCCCUAACGAUAUCUAUAUGGAAGGAGUUGUAGAAGGUCCGAGACCGCGGGAACAAAUGAACCUUCAUGCCCAAGGCACGAGAAAUCCAACAUGA